AUGCAAUCUACAUCCGUGUAUAGUUAUGAUGGAAGUAUUGUAGCCCUAUGCGCACAUGCUACCAUGUAUUUGGCAAAGUUGCUUAACGAAGCAUUUUUCAGGCAGCGGUCAUUUUUCUGCUUAAAAUGGACAUUUAUCCGACCGACCGGAGUAUUGUCUACUGCUGUUCGUCAAAACUCCGACGGUUGCCAAGAACUGAACUUAAAACGUCGGAGUAAUAAUUUAGAUCAAUCAAAUAUCAAUUAUUGCUCACCGAGUAUCAUUCAAGGUACAUUCCAACAUUCAUUAUCCACCGAACAAUUGCGAUUUCUCAAUCAUGGACCAACCUAUGUUAUACCAUGUCAAAUGCAUCCUAUUUCACCAUCUACAUCUAAUUCAUCACUUCAUGAUAUUCGUCUUCAACAAAUGAGACCACUUCGCCAACAACUAACUAGACUUUUCACAAAAUAUCUCGUUGAUCUACCAUGUCGAGCGAAUUUCGAGAGUAAUAUUCAACGACAAUUUAUCAAAUCAUUUUCCGAUCCAAUACCAUCAGUACUUGGACAACGUGUCGUCUAUGAAAAAAGAACUGCUUGCAUCUAUUCGUUGCCGGUUAAAACACGAUCAACUUCUUUUA